AUGGGUAUGCGUGAAAAGGAUAAAUUUGAGUUAGAAAAGAGCAAUGAAAAUCCUAUCAACCACCACUCGCCUGGUGGUAUGUCCUCAGACUGGCGAUUUAACACUACCUGUAUCCCAAAUUCAUCUCUGGGUUUGGUUCCCGCUGAUAAUCAGAUGCCAGUUUGUAGAGGAGAUCUAGUAGGUGCUGCUUCUUGCUCUUCUGCUUCUGUGAUAGACUCAUUUGGGCCAGCCAUGUGGGAACAUCCCACCAAUUCACAGAACUUGGUUUUUUGUGAUAUUAAUGUUCAAAAUAUUGCAAGCAGUUCAAACACAGUUGGGAUUGGAAAAGGAGCCCCCGCUUCAUUGAGAAAUGGUAUUGAUAGAACACUAGAAAUGGGGUGGAAUCCACGUAAUUCAAUUCUGAAAGGUGGAAUUUUCUUGCCGAAUGCCCCUGGGAUGCUCCCGCAGGGCUUAUCACAGUUUCCUGCUGAUUCUGCAUUCAUUGAGCGUGCUGCCAGGUUUUCGUGCUUCAAUGGUGGGAAUUUUGGUGAUAUGGUGAACCCUUUUGGAGUUCCUGAGUCUAUGGGUCUUUUUCCGAGGGGUGGGGGGAUGAUUCAGGGACCAGCAGAGGUGUUCAUGGGCAGUGGGAUGAAAUCAGUAUCUGGUGGACAAGCUCAAAAGAAUGUUAUGAAUGCCGGUGAAGCUUCCAAAGAUGUUUCUAUGUCUGUUGACGAUAUGGCUACUGAAUGGAGCCUUCUCAAGAACGAGACGAAAAGUGAAAGCCUUGCAAGAUCUCGUGAUGAAGCAAAACAAGGUGUAGGCGGGUCUGGUAAUGACUCUGAUGAAGCUGAAUUCAGUGGGGGUCGUGGUCAAGAUGAGCCAUCAAUGUUGGAGGGCAACUGUGGGGAACUUUCAGCCAAGAGCCUUGGCUCCAAGAAAAGAAAAAGGACUGGACAGGAUGCUGAGCUUGAUCAGGCCAAGGGUACCCCUCAAUCUGCUGAACCUGCAAAGGGUAGCCCUGAAACUCAACAAAAGGGAGACCAAAAACCAACUUCAACUACCAGCAAGGGUGGUGGUAAACAAGGUAAACAGGGGUCUCAGGGUUCAGAUCAACCAAAAGAAGAAUAUAUUCAUGUCAGAGCUCGAAGAGGUCAGGCAACAAAUAGCCAUAGUCUUGCAGAAAGAGUAAGAAGGGAAAAGAUCAGUGAAAGGAUGAAGUUUCUACAGGACCUUGUACCUGGUUGCAGCAAGGUCACAGGGAAGGCAGUGAUGCUAGAUGAAAUCAUCAACUAUGUGCAAUCACUGCAGCGGCAGGUUGAGUUUCUGUCAAUGAAGCUUGCAACAGUGAAUCCGAGGCUGGACUUUAACAUAGAAGGACUCCUCGCAAAAGAUAUCCUUCAGUCACGUGCUGUUCCUCCAUCCUCUCUGGCAUUUUCCUCAGAGAUGCCUAUGGUUUGUCCUCCAUUACAUCAAUCUCAACCUGGGCUUAUUCCAACUGCUUUUCAUGGAAUGGAGAGUCAUUCUGACAUACUCCGGAGAACCAUUAAUUCUCAAUUGACGCCCAUGUCUGCAGGAUUCAAGGAACCUGCUCAGCUACCCAAUGUGUGGGAUGACGAGCUUCACAAUGUUGUCCAGAUGAGCUAUGGAGCCAGUGCUCCCCAAGACAGCCAAGAUGUAAAUGAGCCACUGCCACCAGGCCAUUUGAAAAUGGAGAAAUUACAGAUGCUUCUGGUUGACCUGUUUGAAGCAGUUGGAUGUCCACAGCAGAGGGUUUUGAGAGCUUGGGUGGCUAGAAACUUGUCAUUGAGCUGGGGUUUUGGCUUUUACCUGACGACCAGUGUUGUUUGA